CUCCCUCGCGCGAAUCGCUUUUAGCGGUUGAAAUAAUCCUAUCAAGGGGUCGCUGACAUAGGUAAACACCAGCCUUCAUUGCUUAAAACAAGAAAAGUUCAUCCGCUCUUUCAUUAUCUCUCAUUCUCUGCAGUUCUCAUCUUCUUUCAGGGUGGUCGAGGAAUAACCAUGUUCGAGGGCACUAGCAUGUGGAGCAUGUUAUUUCAGCUCCUACUUACAUUGUUCAUUCUUUUGAGAUCUGUGCAAAUUGGCGAUGCGGGGAUCACAAGUUCUUUUGUUCGUACUCAAUGGCCAUCUGUGGACAUUCCUCUUGACAAUGAAGUAUUUGCUAUUCCAAAAGGUCAUAAUGCACCACAACAGGUACAUAUUACGCAAGGUGACUAUGAUGGGACGGCUGUAAUAAUUUCCUGGGUGACAAUGGAUGAGCCCGGGCUUAGUGAAGUAUUAUAUGGCACAUCACAGGACAAAUACAAGAAUCGAGCUGUAGGGAACUCCACGAACUACCCGUUCUACAAAUAUAAAUCUGGAUACAUUCAUCACUGUCUUGUUGGUGGCCUUGAGUAUGAUACCAAGUACUACUACAAGAUUGGAACUGGUGAUUCUGUUAGGGAAUUUUGGUUUCAAACACCUCCCAAGGUUGAUCCAGAUGCUCCUUACAUUUUUGGCAUUAUUGGUGAUUUAGGCCAAACAUAUAAUUCUCUUUCCACUCUAGAGCAUUACAUGCAGAGUGGAGGACAAGCUGUCUUAUAUGUUGGAGACCUCUCUUAUGCUGAUAGAUAUAACCUUGAGAAUGGUGUCCGUUGGGAUUCAUGGGGCCGCUUCAUUGAGCGAAGUGCAGCAUAUCAGCCAUGGCUUUGGUCAGCUGGAAAUCAUGAAAUAGAGUACAUGCCACAUCUGGGGGAAGUUAUUCCUUUCAAAUCUUAUCUACAUCGAUACACAACACCGUAUAAGGCUUCCAUGAGUAGUUCUCCUCUUUGGUAUUCAAUCCAUCGUGCAUCUACUCAUAUCAUUGUUCUAUCAAGCUAUUCUUCAUUUGUGAAGUACACUCCUCAAUGGAAAUGGCUACGUGAUGAGCUACCACGGGUGGAUAGGGAGAAGACACCCUGGCUUAUUGUUCUAAUGCACGCCCCAAUAUACAACAGUAACGAAGCCCACUACAUGGAGGGUGAAGGCAUGCGUGCUAUUUUUGAAAGCUGGUUUGUUCGUUUCAAAGUCGAUCUUAUCUUUGCUGGCCAUGUGCAUGCUUAUGAAAGAUCGUAUCGCAUCUCUAACAUAAACUACAACAUAACAACUGGUGACCGUUAUCCUGUGCCCGACAAAUCAGCUCCUGUAUACAUAACCGUGGGCGAUGGAGGAAACCAGGAAGGUCUGGCCGGAAAGUUUACCAACCCGCAGCCAGAUUAUUCUGCAUUCAGAGAAGCCAGUUAUGGUCAUUCUACAUUGGAGAUAAAGAACAGAACACAUGCCUUCUACCAUUGGAACCGCAACGAUGAUGGAAAACAAGUACCAACAGACUCUGUUGUAUUUCACAAUCAGUACUGGGCAAGCAAUCUGCAGAGGAGGAGACUAAAGAAGCAUCACCACAAGAGCAACAACAACGGCAUUGCCACGUACUGAUGGGAUGGGAUAGUGGAAUGUGGGUUUCUCUCAUUUAAUAAUCUGGAGGGUCAUUUCUUCCACUAGACAUGUUGAAACUUGUACAUUUUAUUGCCUAGGAAUGGAUUCACAUUUUGUUCCCCGAUGUGCAUGGAUUCGCAUAUACCCUUCAUCCGGUAAUGAUGGCUUUAAGGUGUGUUCCGAUAUUUCUGCCUUCUGUGGCAACGGAUCCCAUUCCGCCAUUUUACCAUCCAGAAAACUUCAGAACCCACUUGAGCUUUUCCAGAUGGGGAUAUCGGGUGGAAACAUGCAUCCCGACACAGUUCCUGAAAAUGGUGCUUCCAAUAUAUACCUUCUCAUUUGAAUGUCCAUUCAGAUCACCAAUAUUGCUGAUAGAAUUGUGAUUUGGGAUGCAGCAAACGGCCCUUAUGUGCGGGAAAUAGUUCCUGAAGAAUAAGUAGAAAGGUGUGUGGGCAUAUGCUACGUGAGUUUUAUUGGCAAUGAAUGAUCAUGUUACAGUGAUGAACCAAGAUAUAAGAAAGAAGCUUAUGUUAUCUUC